GUUGGUUCAUAGUUUACACGACUUGCAAGGGAAGAAAAGAUUCGUUCGGCCAAUUGAAUCCGUACACGUCUCCAUGGAAUGCACACAUUCACCCGAUUUCUGGAUUCCAUCUCUGUAUCUGCAUCACUCAAAUUGCUCCUUUUUAUCUCUCUUCCAGUCUGCAGAUAUUGCCUUUUAUUUCCUUGUCAAAGAAAGUUUUUUGGCUGCUUCUUUAUCUGAUCUCCAUCCUUUUUGCAUAUGCUCCUUUUAUGUUAUUUUUUUCGUUGAAUCGUGUUGUGGCUAGAACUUGAAGUUGGGAAUUGAUUAGUCUUCUAGAUAUGUCUUAAUUAACAAAAUGUUAGUGGUAUGAAUAACUCAUCCAAGUUGAAUUUUCCAUUUGUGGGUCUCGAGUUUGGCCUAAAUUACAGCUUGUCUUUCUAGUUUGGUAUUUUUUGUUUUUUGGUCUAUUUAUUCACGUGGGUUUCCGUUCAAGGUUGAGAUCUUGGGGUGCGGCGUAAGACCCCAUAUUAUUUAUAAAUGAUCCAGGGAUUGGUCAUUUGGUGAUUCUUGUCGAGUCUUGUGCGAUAUCCAAUAGGUUCUUUCUUCUUGGAUAAGUGAAAGGAGGGGAAAAGUUACUUGCACUAUACGUAUUCUCUGUCCUGUUUUACCACAAAAGAUAAACGCUUUCUGUUGAGAAAUGAAUUCGGUGUGACAUCAGAAACACUUGGGGUAUAUCUCCUGUGAAGCAUGAAUUCUCCAACAGGAAUCUAGAAAUAACGCUUGUCUAUUUGUCUAUAGGUUUGGUCCAAAAGGAAGAGAGCUGUCCUUGAGGGUGCAACCGUUUUUCUUUUCUAGCACAGAAACCGGUCUACGGUCCAAUAAUCUCUGGAAUUGUAUUAAUUCAGAGAUUUUCCAUGGAUUCCAUCUCCUAAUGCCAUGAAGAGGAGAGAAGUUUCUGAGUUUAAGGAGUUAUGGAGACAGGUACAAGCAACAACAGCACAAGCAGCAGCAGAUACGAGACCUAUGAGGCAAUCAAGCAUGGGUCGUGGUUUAUCCAGUUUCGCAACGGCUGCAAUCCCUGGAUGGCUAGAUAUGUAUAUGGUCUGAUAUUUCUCAUUGCAAAUCUGCUAGCUUGGGUUGUCCGUGAUUAUGGUCAAGGUGCCAUGACAGAAAUGAGAAAAUUCAAGAAUUGUAAAGGCGGGCGAAACUGCUUAGGGGCUGAGGGAGUCCUACGUGUGAGCUUGGGAUGUUUUAUGUUCUAUUUUAUUAUGUUUCUUUCAACUGUCGGUACCAAAAAGAUGCAUUCAUCAAGAGAUAGAUGGCAUUCCGGGUGGUGGUCCGCAAAGCUUGUAAUGUGGUUUGGCUUAACCAUCAUCCCCUUCUUGAUGCCUUCUUCAAUUAUUCAGCUAUAUGGGGAGAUUGCACAUUUUGGUGCUGGUGUCUUUCUUCUGAUACAGCUAAUAAGCGUCAUCAGUUUCAUCUGUUGGCUCAAUGAAUGCUGCCAAAAUAAAAAAGAUGCAGAAAGAUGCCAUGUACAUGUGAUGCUACUAGCAACUACUGCAUACAUUAUGUGUAUCGUAGGAGUAAUCUUGAUGUACAUUUGGUAUGCCCCUGAUCCAUCCUGCCUUCUCAAUAUAUUCUUCAUCACGUGGACGUUGUUCCUCAUCCAACUCAUGACAAGCAUCUCUCUCCAUCCCAAGGUGAAUUCUGGAUACUUGACUCCAGCAUUAAUGGGGCUCUAUAUUGUGUUUAUCUGCUGGUGUGCCAUUCGAAGUGAGCCAGCAGGAGAAAGUUGCAACAGGAAAGCAGAAGCUUCGAGGAGAACAGACUGGCUUACUAUCAUAAGCUUUGUGGUGGCGCUAGUAGCAAUGGUUAUCGCGACUUUUUCCACGGGAAUAGACUCCCAAUGUUUCCAGUUCUGCAGGAAUGAGGAUGAUAACCAAGAAGAAGAAACUCUUCCAUAUGGCUAUGGAUUCUUCCAUUUCGUCUUCGCCACGGGAGCGAUGUACUUCGCUAUGCUACUCAUUGGAUGGAACACUCAUCAUCCCAUGAAAAAGUGGACGAUCGAUGUGGGAUGGACGAGCACUUGGGUAAGGAUUGUGAACGAAUGGCUUGCGGUUUGUGUGUACAUUUGGAUGCUGGUUGCUCCAAUUGUGCUGAAGAGUAGACAAACAACACGAGGGGCAUGACAGAUGCUGUUUUUUUUUGCCUUUGGUUUGAUCUGAAAUGUCCCCAUUAACAGAGAAAAGAGUUUUCAACCCUCGAAGGAGCUCCGACUAAAACAAAAAGGAGAAGCUCCGGACGGUGACGUCACAUGUUCGUGUUCAUGGGUUGGUUUUGUCUGAUGUCUGAUUUGUUAAAUCAAGAUAUCAAAUACAUGCCAAAAUUACUUGGUUGACGUUUGGAAGGUUAAAAGAGCCGUUGGAAGACUUGCUAAAUCAAAGGAAUGCAAUCUGAUAUCAUAAUAUUGAAUCAGUUGCAUAAUUAACUCAAAUUGAAUAUGAAAGCUCCACUUAACUUAUUAUCCUAAUUCUCUUCUACUCAUAUAUUCCUUUUAUGUUUUCUAUGUGUUUGUUAUUUAAAUAUGUAUGUAAUCUAUUACAAAUGAAUAAGAAACGUAGGAGAUGUAUUCUCCAUUUUCAUU